UUUCCACUGUAAUAGCUAAGGUUAGUGAUAGUGCGAGCUUAUUAUGAUGAAAAGGCAAAGAAAAUGUGGAGUGGGCUACACAACUGUUAGGAAUAGAUAUCCACCACAUGUGCAUAUUAUGCAACACAAACCUUUUCCUUUUUAGGGUUUCUGAGAAUGAAGAAUCUUUUCCUUUCAAAAAGAAGAUAUAUUGCAUUUUUAUAAGAUUGAAUUUCAGCUGGAAGCAUCAAAUCUUGAAGAAGCUUGGAAGAACCAGAGACGUGGCUGAAUUUUGCGGCAAGAUUUCUUCAUUUUUGCCUACUCUUAUCAUUCGUAUGAACACAUGUAAUUAGUUUCUCCUUCGUAUAUCACUUUCGAUUUGAACAACCGAUGGCUUAAUCAUCAGCAUAAAAGAGACAGUCACUUACCAAUGGCUUAUUUUCUUGAAGAAGUCACUCAGCUUUUAUAUGGACAAAAUGAAUUUCCAACAAACUGUUCUCAGUGAUGAGAAAUAGAUCGGUACUCUUAAAAUGGUAACAGAUACGAGAGAAAAAGAUCAGUUUCUAAGCACUGAUAAUACAGAAGACAAUUCAACAAUCAACAACAAGACUGCAACUAGCUCAAACAGCAGACUUUGGUCAGCCCUUAUAGAUCCAAGAAUUGUUAGAGUUUCAAAAGCAUUCGGAGGAAAAGAUAGACACAGCAAAGUAAGCACAAUAAGAGGGCUCAGAGAUCGUCGUGUAAGGCUUUCAGUCCCUACAGCUAUACAACUAUAUGACCUCCAGGACAGACUGGGUCUUAAUCAGCCCAGUAAAGUUGUAGAUUGGUUAUUGAAUGCUGCUCGACAGGAAAUCAACAAGCUUCCACCUCUCGACUUUCAAAAUUUCAUUCACUUUCAUCAGUCAUUUGAUCAAUCUUCAAAAGCUAAGAAUAAUAACCACGAUCAAUGUUUGAAUUUUGAAAGACAACGCCAAGCAGCAUCACCAAGUGCAGCUUUAAUCUAUCAAGAUGUUGGUGUAUAUAAUGCAGAGUCUCAAUUUCAUCAAGAUCAUAAUCUUCUGUAUGAUAAUAAUACAAGAGGAGGAGGAGACCAAGCUUUGGGUUUGAUUGGUAAUGGAGGCUUUCCUCAUGCAUCUUACUACCACUGUCCGGAACAAUCAAACAGAAGUACUUGCUUCACACAGUUUGGAAUCAUUUCAUCUCAAGUGGAUGCAGCUCCUGCAGCAUUGUUUUCUUCUUACAUGACUAGCACUGUUUCCAGUGAGUUAGAUGGAAUCUCAGCUCAGCAAAAUCUUCCUCCCAACAGUAGUGCAGUAUUCAAAAACUCCUUUCAUCCAGGUAGCCCAAAAGCUACACCAUUUUAAGUAGUCUGUAUAUGAGCUUCGGUGGCUGAAAACUAUACAGCAUUUCGUUGGUGAAGAUAUGAGAUUUGUAGGCGCACAUGGCCCUACUUAUAGAUAUGCAAAUAAACUAUACGAAGCGUGCAUGUGAAUGCAAAGAGGAUGCUUAUAGAGAAGCGUGGAGUCACGUAUAGGAAUUGCCUGGCUCUGCAGAUCUUGUUGGCAUCUAUUUGAACCUGAAAUAAAUCUCUACACCAUUUGUGUUUCAUUAAGAAGGUAGUCUUCUUUUGGGCACGAUGGCAGCUACAACCAUACACUGAUUAAGCGAGAAGUGGCGUUGCAACGAAGAGUCGGGCUAACUGGGUUACAGAUCUAUAGUGACAUAUUCUGCAAUAAAUACAUGAUUGCUUAGUUGCUUUUCCUCAUGAUGAACAGUUUAUAGUUCAUUUGAUUUUGAAUCUUCUGUGCGAGGGCCUGGUAUGUUUAAUUAAAUGUUAUAUAUACAAAUAAAUCAGUAUGCAAGUAAUGAAUGGGUUUUUAUAUCGGAAAAUGGCUAAUUUUUUA